GAAAAAAAAAAGGAAAAUAGUGAGGUUACAGUCAUUCUACACUGAAAUCGAGAUAGAGAGAUAUGGCAAACCCCUCUUCCAAAGCUACAGUUCCUGGUUCCCGGGAGCUGCAAGCGUCAUCAACUUCACCUGGUGGGGCUGCUACCUCCACCAAAUCCGAUGACGGAGCUAACCCCUACGAGCCUCAAGUUAUGCGUUUCUUGAAAAGGGUAGGAAUGCACGAUCCCAAUGUAGAAAACUACAGUUCCAGAGACUUCUACUCCAAUUUAUUAUGCAACACCCUCAAGACCCACACUGUCCGACGUGGCCACGUCACCUGCUUCGCCACCGUCACACCCGCUGUCGCCAAUUAUUUUGGUGGGUUACAUGGAGGGGCCGUUGCGGCGAUAGCGGAAAGGGUGGCGAUUGCGACGACUAGGACGGUGGUCGGUGAGGAUAAGGAAAUUUUCCUUGUUGAUUUGGGGAUGUCUUAUCUCUCUGCUGCUCCGAAAGAUCCAAAGCCCGUACAAAUGAGAAAAAGAACUCAAAAACCUGUUUGGCAAAGCAGUUCUUCUAUAUCUCAUCACCAGCAUAUCCAUUUAUAGGGAAUUUGGAUAUCCUGUGGGUGCUUGGCUUGAUGGUAGGGUGGUGCGGCAACUAAGCAUCCAAAACAAUUUACAGUUUGACUAUAGAUGCUGGUCUCAUUUGAUCUUAUGCCCUUGCGUGUUCCGGAAUAAGACGUUGACGUAGUUCGGGAGAUGCACCAGCCAAUUCUGCAGUUGAAAUGUGUAAUUUGAGAAGUCAGAACAGGUAUAAAAUGCAAAAACGAUUAACCCACCUAGCUUACCUUGAGCCGUGAAAUCGAAUAGAGGAGGUAGAGCUCGCCCGUUAGGCAAACAUGCAGUGGGGUCUCUCAAAUCAUCAAAGAAAGGGUGUGCACAAGCCUCAAUCUGAAAACCAGGAAGUAAAGAUGGAGGUAAGAGUUUGCAAAAGAACAUGAAACUAUUUUAAUCCGUUAUGAUGGCUUGCAGUCUGUUGCUACCAUUCGAAAUAGAGUGCUUAAGCUACAACUUGGUCAUAAAGGUGGGUUGGGGGAUAAUCACACAACUGUUGUUCCCUAUCAAGAUUCAAGUCAAUAAACAAAAAAUGGAUAUGCAGCUGAAAACAACAAUGAUACAUAAUGUGAAAUACUUACAGCGGUGCAACGUAAGUUUGGCGAAUACUGAAGCAGCCUUGACACAAGAUCCAAUGCUUCAGGAGGUAUUUUCCGGUUAAAUAUCUAAAAAUUGUAACUUGAGUUAGAUAUCCACUUUUACUGCACAACAUAUAUGGAUAAUUAGAAGACGAUCCAAUAAGCACACCUUAUGCCAUGGA